AACGUCAACUGCGGCAAAUAUAAAUUUCAGUUAUUACAUUUUGUAAAAUCAUGAUUUAAAUUUACACAAAGUAAGUUUAUAGCUUUGCAGGAUAAUUUUAUAAAAUUACAGUAUAAUGUCCCAAUGUGCUAAUAUAUUAUUCCUCGACUAUGCCAGACAAGACGAAAUUGACACGUUCUAUGAAGCAUGCCAACGACAGAGAGAUUACUACAGGGGUUAUCCUAAAGCGUAUCACCCUCUAACAUACUUCACGGAAGCAGUUUACGCAUUCCAGUGUCCACCAGAAAUGUCGCACGUCUACCUAAAAUUCCCGAUGUUCCACGUGAAGUACAAGCAGCCAGUUAUGUUGCCACCUAGCACUGGCCGCACUAGCGGUAUCCCCGCGGCUCCGGACCGCACCCUCGCCGGCCGUUACAAUAAAGCUGCUUGCAAAGCUUUCACCAGAUAAACUACCUACUUCUUCAACUGAACAUUUAAACUAUAUACCUACCUUCUUUUACAUGAAAUAUAAAUUGCUAAAUCUCGCGCCCGCAGCGGGUAAUGAAACCCUCUCGAAGCGGCUUUGCGAUGCUGGAACCUCUAAGAUGAAAUUCACGCACGUUGCCUCAAAUAGAAAAAUCUUGCAUCGUGUCAAAAAAGUUUUAUCGCAUUGCGCCCGUGAUAUACAAACCGACGAAGCAAUUUAUUCCCGCUGUAUAUCUCGGGCGAAUUUAAGUCGUGUGAUUCACACGAGGGAGAGUAGAACCAUUGCCCGUGACAGCGACUCUGCGACGAACUCAAACACCUAAUUUAUAAACUCCAGGAUUCAAAACUUUAAUAAUAUUUUUUUCAGGAAUUAGCCUGUUUUGAUAACAUCUAAUUAUUGAAUAAACACCCUCCUUUAACAUUAACUGACUUUCAAUAAUAACCUGUUUAUAUAAAAGAAUUUGCCUU